AUGCAAAAAGAUGCGACGAAGCCAUCGCAGGCCAUGGCCACGGAAGACGCAGAUGGGAAGCUGACUUGGAAGAAUGGGUUUAAGGAGGGUGACUCGAACGCCUCUGGCACCUACGAUGUAUGCGCAUCCGAUGGCACAGAAUGCGACGUACCCCAGCCCAACAGAAAGUACCCCAAGCCCGGAUCAAAGCCAGAGGCACCGGCUAGUUCCAAGCCCAGCAAACGCAUGGCCUUCUCCAUCGCCAUGAUCACGCACUACUACGGCCACGGCACAUCUGUAAGCUUCAAUCACGAGUGGAAGUUCUACACCACCAGCGUCGGCAAGGCCGUGGGCAGUUGCGGCGAGACUGACGGCAAAGAAAUCGUUGCGGAUACCGAUGAGACACCUCGUGCCAGUUCCGAUAGCAAGACGCCGUUCCCUGGCGGCAUCUUCAAGCUUGACAUUGAGGGUGAGGCGUGCACGAGGACUGUUCUGUCCGCCGAGGGAGAUUACCUGUCGUGA